UAGCAAUAAUUAAAAUUGGUUUGUCGAGUUUCGCCGCUUCUUCCUUUUUCUCUAUCAUCAUCACAUAAUUUCUGACGGUAAUCUAAUCCUUCCUCUCUAAGAUUCCUUUUUCCAUCCUUUCCCUUCGCACCACCGUUCUUUCUUCUUAUUAUCUCCACCUCCUCUUUUGCUUCUCACACCCAACCUCAUCCUCCACCUCCUCUUCUCAUCACAUCACCUAGAUACAGAGAUUUCUCCGAUUCGUCUCGCGAAUUUCCGUUCCCCAAACAAGAGAAAGAGAAAGAGAAAAACACAGAUCUAGAAAAUUACUAUGGCGGAAGAACAACCAUGCCAAGCUCCUGAAGGUCACCGUCUCUGUGCUAACAACUGUGGAUUCCUCGGUAGUCCCGCCACCAUGAAUCUCUGCUCCAAAUGUUACGGUGAUAUUCGAUUGAAGGAACAACAAGAUGCUUCUACAAAAUCAACAAUCGAAAACGCUCUCUCUUCUUCCACCUCCGCCGUAGAAUCCAUCGCUUCUCCGCCGCUUUCCACAUCGGAGCCAACCGUCGUUUCAAUCGAAUCGAUCAAUCCGUUGCCAGCUUUGACUGAUGUUCCGUCGAGUUCUGUUACCGUUGUUCCGGUUUCUGUUUCGGCUCAACCGAACCGGUGCGUGACGUGUCGAAAACGCGUGGGGUUGACCGGGUUUAAGUGCAGGUGCGGGUCUACUUUUUGUGGGUCCCACAGGUACCCGGAGAGACACGGUUGUAGCUUUGAUUUUAAGACGGUGGGGAGAGAGGAAAUAGCUCGAGCGAACCCUUUGAUCAGAGCGGAGAAGCUUCAGAAGAUUUGAUUCGAUCUUAGUCGUUGGAUGAAAUGUGGGACCGUGUGUUUGUUUGUAUUAGUUUAUCUCGGCCGUCCACGUGGGCUGCCAUUGAGAAAAAUAUAUCAUCUUCAUGUAAUGUAAUGUAAUGUAAAAUGUAUGAUUUUUCUUCAAAUUAUUUAAGAUUGAUUAUGAUGACAA